AUGGCGGCUACAAGACUUCUUACUUUUGCUCUUUAUUGCGGCUCAGGAGUACUUGCAGAUCUCCUAGGACUUCCAACCGUACCAUACACCACGGUCAAUGAUGGCGGCAGCUUCAACCUUCGCGAUGUCCAAAAAAUCGUCGUUGAUGCGAAUUUCGCCAACGCUGUUGACAACGAUGGAUGGACUCUGAUACCUCCAACUCUCUCCGAGUUUGCCAGGACCUUCGGUGAUGAUUGGGCUGAUAUCAUGGGCGCAAACAUUUCGAUUUCGGAAGGAGUCUCAUGCGGUACCAACGAGAUCUUCCUGACCCUUCAGAACAACACCGGCUUUGUGGACGUCGCAGGUCGAAUGACAUCUGAGGCUUACGCCAUUCAAGUUACCGAUUCUGGGGUUACCAUCAGCGGAGCAAGCCCACUCGGAGUAUGGUGGGGAACAAGAACGAUCCUACAACAAGCGGUACUGAAUGACGGGUCCAUCGCGAAUGGCAAUGGCAUCGAUGCGCCAGGAUGGAACACCAGGGGUGUCAUGCUCGAUGCUGGAAGGCAUUACUUUCCCCCGGAUUUCAUCGUAGAGAUGUGCAGCUGGAUGUCUUUCUUCAAGCAAAACACCUUCCACUUCCACAUCUCCGACAACCUCUACAACAACGUCAAGAUUUACUCCCUGGAACGAUCACAAGAACUCUACUCGGCAUUUCGGCUGUGGUCAGAUGAUCCUGCAUUGGAGGGAUUGAACAAAAGACAGAAUGAAUCUUACACUCAAUCCGACUACGCUUAUAUGGAGCAGAACUGUGCUUCUAGAGGUGUAACGCUCGUUCCCGAGAUCGAGGCACCCGGUCAUGCCUUGGUCUUUACGCAAUGGAAGCCCGAGUUGGCGCUGGAAGGACAGAUAGAUCUCUUGAACAUCACUUAUCCGGGCACUAUACCGCAGAUGAAGACCAUUUGGAGCACUUUCUUGCCAUGGUUCAAUAGCAAGGUGGUUCACAUAGGAGCUGAUGAGUAUGUGGAUACAUCAUUGUCGGACAAUGCACUGGCGGAGGAAUACAACACAUUCGUCAACGCCAUGAAUGAAUACAUUCCCUCAGAAAGCGGAAAGUCCAUUAGAGUAUGGGGAACAUUUCCACCGAAUACAUCUUACGACAACAACAUACCUACAUCCGUAGCUUUUCAACACUGGGCGGCGUUCGAGGACAAUGCACUUUUCGACUACAUCAACAACGGCUACAGCGUCAUCAACUCAGACGACAGAAACUACAUAGUCUCAAAGUGGUCAGGAUCCUACCCUCAAAUCCUGAACAAAACGACCAUUUUCCACGGAGACCCAUUGGGAGGCGCUUACGCACCGGACAUCUUCGACAUCGUCAACGCCACCAACAACCCAAGUAGAGACAAUCCUUACGUUAUCGGCCAGCUCGCCGCUCAAUGGAACGAUUACGGUCCCAACGCAAGUACAGUCCUGGAAGCAUACUACUCGUGGAGAGACUACCUACCAGCUCUCGCAGAUAAGCAAUGGGGAGGCAAAGUGACUGAGGAACAAUACGACUCCAUUUAUCCGACCUUGCAUGCAGCAGCACCAGCACAAAACCUCGAUCGUCGCAUCAAAUCCAAAACCUCUACCAUUCUCAACUACCAAUUCACCGCCAAACCAGUCCCAAAUUCUCCCGUCUCCGACCAAGUCACCGACCUUUCCGGAAACGACUACCACGGAAAUUCAAACUGCAGCAUCGUAAACGGAGCCCUACAAUUCAAAAACGCCUGUUCAAUAACCACCCCUCUAACCUCCAAAGGCCAAAACUACACCCUAUCCUUCACCCUCAAGCAAUCCACAAACCACACCGGCGCACUCUUCACCGGUCCCGACAGUCAACUCCGAUCUGGAAACGGUACUUCCGGCGCCGUGAUGCUCGUGACGGGCGGGGAAGCCUAUGCGUUGAAUUACAGUCUUCCUGUAGGGCAGUGGGUGGAUGCUAGUUUGAUUGGUAAGGGGAAUAGGACUUAUUUCUCUGUAAAUGAUGAGGCUGAGAUGGAGUUUACGACUAAGAUGGGGAUUAAUGGUGCGAGCUUUGUUUGGGCGGAAAUGGCUAUUGUGGCGCCUUUAAGGAGGAUCGGGGGGGACGGGUGGGAGGGGGAGAUGAAGAGUGUGAAACUGGUUGAUUAUGCUGGCUAA